AAAGUGUUCUCCUUCUCUCUGCCCUUUGGCGCGAACGGGCCCCACAAACUGAGCCGUCUUCCCUCGAUCCGGUCGGUUCUAAGCCCCACGCGAACAAUAUUUGAGCCGGACGACAAGGAGCUGCAGCGUAUCGAGAUCCGUCAAAAGCUGGCCCGACAGGAGUCAAUUUCCACCGUCGAGGAGGCUGUUUUGUUCGAGGACGUCACUAAGCUGCAAGACAACAAGAUCGACGCGUUAUUCAAAUCCCUCAAGCCCACAGUCAAGCUGCCACCAAAUCACGAACUCCCCGACUAUAUGCGCAUUUUCCAGGAAUUCGAAGGCGACAUCAUCAUCUUGGGUGGCUACCGGGGCAGCAUACUGCGAGACUCCCUGACCAAGAGGCGCGCAUGGAUUCCUGUGCUUAAGGCAGGCUUGAAUAUAAAGAAAAUAGACCUCCUGUUGGGCCCAAAAGACGAGGACGAGCUGCACACGGAAGAGAAAAUAUAUGCUGACGGAAUUCUCUCGCACAUCGGGCCCGUCGAUAUCUGCAAGAAACUCAUGUCUACGCUGGAAGCGAAUCCGAAAAUUCGUGUGCACAACUUCGGCUACGACUGGCGGCUGUCGCUCGACAUUCCGGCCGAAAAGCUGCACGCUUUGCUGAAAGACAUCAAAAAACGGACCGGCAAGCCGGCACUCCUUAUUGCGCACUCCAUGGGCGGUCUUGUGUCACACUCGGCGAUGCAGAAAGAUCCGUCGCUGGUGCGAGGCAUAAUCUAUGUCGGCACUCCUGCCCCCUGCUCCAACAUAAUGGGGCCGCUGCGGUUUGCAGACCAUAUUCUGCUCUGCAAAGAUCUGCUCACGUCCGAGGUCAACUUCAUGAUGCGCUCCUCGUUUGUAUUCAUCCCGCGCAACGGCGAGCUGUUCAAGGACAAGAACACGGGCGAGCUAUACAACAUUGAUUUUUUCGACCCGCAAAACUGGAUCGAGUACAAUUUGAGCCCCAUCGUGAGCUCUAUUCGGCUGGCCCAGGAGGCGGGCAAGCCUGUGCCGCCACACGUCAAGCAGCAGUCGCGGUUUGCGAUCUCUUUUGACGAGGCCUACGAAUAUUUGUGUCGCACGCUUAAACGCACUUCCGAGUUUCUUGAUAGUCUCGAGUACGACGAGUCGCGCAAGUACCCACCCAUGGCCGUUGUUUACGGUAACGCUGUGCCGUCUGUUCGGUACUCGCUUGUCGACGGCAUCGAGGACAUAAAAAUGGGAAAUUACUACCAUUUCUUCUACGGUCCAGGAGACGGAGUCACCAACCAGAAAUGGGUGUUUCCAGAAAACAGAGGCUAUCCGCUGGUCGGCAAGUUCAACUCCAUGCUCGGCCAUGUGGCCUUGCUGACCGAUUUAGACUGCAUCGGCAAGGCUAUGCUGGCCAUAGUCCGCGCCGAGCAGAACGGU